UGGAUUCAUUCUGAAUGGACAUUUCGGCUCGCUUAUUUGAACGCUUCCACCUCCUCUCCGGCGACCGCCGCGCUCCUCUCCGCUCCUCUGCGCUCCGGGGCGGAGCGGGCGGCCGCUGAAAAGCACGUGGUCGUUACAAACCUCUCUCAGGACCCAGCGGGGAGGCGGAGGAGGUGGAGAGACGCGGGCACAGUCGGGAUGAGCGAGGACGCGGCGAGGAGGGAGAGUCCGCGCUCGAGCCAUGGAAAUUCUGCACGCACAUUUACGGACUAAGGACCUAAAAGACAUCGCACGCCGCGAGCCUUAUUCUCAUUCUUUAUUUUAUGACCACGAUGACAGUUUUAUUAUAUCCAGAAGAGGGAAGAUCGCAGAUGAGGAGAGAAGAAAAACGCCGUCUGAAGGUUGUGGCGAAACGUGCGCGCUUUUAACGGCACAUUUUUACGGACUAUCUGCGCAGAUUUAAAAACAUUUCAAAGUCACACCUUGACUGCAGAGAGACUCAUAAUGGAUUUCUUCAACAUUUCCAGUCUGGAGGACGGGAUGGAGAGCGAUAACAUCUCCUCUAAUUCCACCUCCUCCGGCCAGUACACCCAGCUCGCUAUCUGGACUCUGGCAGGACUUGUCAGCUUUCUCAUUUUGUUUACAAUAGUCGGGAACGUCUUGGUUGUCAUCGCCGUUCUAACCAGCAGAGCUUUGAAACCACCCCAGAACCUUUUUCUCGUCUCCCUGGCCAGCGCCGACAUUCUGGUGGCCACGCUGGUCAUGCCGUUUUCUCUGGCAAACGAACUUAUGGGAUACUGGUUCUUUGGGAAAAUCUGGUGCGACAUCUAUCUGGCUCUGGAUGUUUUAUUCUGCACCUCUUCCAUUGUUCACCUGUGCGCUAUCAGCUUGGACCGGUACUGGUCGGUGACACAGGCGGUAGAGUAUAACUUGAAGAGAACCCCGAAACGGGUUAAAUGCAUGAUUGUGGUAGUCUGGUGGAUCUCAGCUGUCAUUUCCUUCCCACCACUCAUUUCCAUGACCAGAAGCAGCAGCGAGGACAGUCCUCAGUGUAUGCUAAAUGAUGAGACCUGGUACAUUCUCUACUCCAGCAUUGGAUCAUUCUUUGCCCCUUGUGUUAUCAUGAUCUUGGUCUAUAUAAGGAUCUACCAGGUGGCAAAGACCAGAACCAGAACAAUGUCAGAGAAGAAGAGGGACUCUCCCCUGGAGAAUGGGAUGGACAAAGCUGAACCAGGCAAAAGCGGUUCAAUGAAGUCCAACAGGGGCGGAAGUGUGAAAGAGCAGGAGCGGGAAAAUGGGCACUGUCAGGAACAGCCGGUCGGGUCGCCCCCACCGAACGAGACCAAACACCCCCAGACGGACCACGACGACGACUACGACGACAGCAGCUCAUCGGACGAGAAACCCAAGAAAAGUUCCAACUCCUCCAAGAACCACCACGACGACAGGAAGGACCGGAAGUCCAGUCGGAAGAGCAGCUCGGCCUCCAAGUACUCCAGCCGGAAAUCGCGGGCCAGUUCCAAGUCCAUGGACCUGUUCUCGUCUCGCCGCAAACGCCGGAGCACGGUCAACCGGAAGAAGGCCUCCGCCGCUCGGGAGAAGCGCUUCACCUUCGUCCUCGCCGUGGUCAUGGGCGUGUUCGUCGUGUGCUGGUUCCCGUUCUUCUUCUCCUACAGCCUGUACGGAAUCUGCCGGCGGCCGUGCCAGAUCCCGGAGACGCUGUUCAAGUUCUUUUUCUGGAUUGGCUACUGCAACAGCUCGCUCAACCCCGUCAUCUACACCAUCUUCAACCAGGACUUCCGCAGAGCCUUCCAGAAGAUCCUCUGCAAGUCGUGGAAGCGCUCCUUCUGAGAGGAGGGUGGGGGUGGUGUCCUGCAUGGCUCGGGUUCUGAUAGACACUUCGACCCACCUUCGGUUUCUUCAGGGAUUGCUCUUGAAAUGAAGAUGAAGGGAGGCUCCAUCAAAGGAUCGAACCGACGUGUGGAAAAAGGGACGGGAAACUCGCCUUUGGACUGUGGCAUGCGCUUCGGCUUACCCUCCCCGUCAUCCAGCCCCCCUCCCUUCAUUUGAGUAUGAUUCACGGCGGUUACUGUGAUGCAUGCAUGCCGCAGCGACUGCGCCGGAGGAGACGGGUUUACACAGAUACUUGAUCUGCAGCAUAACGUGACCUCGUUCGCUGAAUCCAACGCGAAGGCCUUGACAAUCUCCACGCGGCUGUUGUUCGUGGCGUCAGGAAAGUGGAUCCUAUCGUUUCUACCUUUCUCCCCCCUCCCCCCCCCCCCCCCCCCCCCCCCCCCCCCCCCUCUGCCUUUCUACUGCGUCACACUCUCGACACGAGGACCAAUGGGACGAAGGGGCUCUACGCUUACUGUUUCAGUAGCAAAACUGUUUCAACAAGAUCAACAACAACAAAAAAAAAAGUCAUCCUCGAGAAAACUCAUAUUUCUGCUUCUGUGUUAUGUGUGUGGCUUCAAUGAUGCUGCUAUGGAAACUUCUCAUCGGGACGUGUGUGUAUGUGUGUGUGUGUGUGUGUGUGUGUGUGUGUGUUUUGUUUACUUGAUGCAGUGGCAUGUGUAGUAGAGGGGCGUCACAGGCAAUUUCCUCACCCAGGCAUGUGGUUGCACCUCCCUGUUCCCUCUGAGAGAAUAGAUGGAAUAGAUGGAGCUCCGCUGAGGCAGAUGGCCGCCUACUGAGGCUCUGACUGUGCGAGUGUGUGUGCGGUGUGUGUGCGCGUGUGUGUGUGUGUGUGUGUGUGUGUGUGUGUGUGUGUGUGUGUGUGUGUGUGUGUGCUCCUGAGGAAACUUUUUCUUGUUUGUGUCAGAAAGAGAGACGGAGCGCACAAACCUGCUCUACCAAAUGGCCUGAUUCUCUUUGUCAAGGGUCUAUUCUCAUCCUUUUUUGUGUCUUAUGUCACAGGCACACAGUAAAAACACAAACACCUCAUUGUUUUCUUUUAUUGUCUGCUGCUCACGCGUGUCAGAACCUACACACAAGGAUGUGAAAGUGACGCUGGACGGUCAACAUUUUCGUCAUCGCAUCUCAUUUACGGCCAGAAGGGCUAAUGCUUUUCUCCGUGUGUAAAUAUUGGAGGGCAGUACAGUAUUAUUGUGUGGUGCUUCAUUAUCACACGUAUAAGUAUGAUAUAUUGUAUUGUUUGUAUAACGAACAGCACUCUGAAGAAUUUUCAUGUUACACUAAGCUCUGUCCUUUUCUAUGAGAACAAGUGUUUACUUCUCCACUUUGAGCACAUUCAAAAGAUCAAAUAAAGAGAUGAAUUCAAGUGUCA